GCCCGGCCGGUGAUUCAGUCAAGCGGUUGCCGCCGCCAGGAUGGUGCAGCUGCCGCAGCUGGUCGUCGCCUCCUCCUUGUGGCUCGGGCUGGGCUGGUGGGCGUCUUUGCCGCCAACCGGACUGGCGCUGCCCGAGGUGCUGUUUCGUUGCCCGCCUUGCAACGCCGACCGCCUCGCCUCCUGCCAUCCCGUCGGACUCGAGACCACCGACUGCCCGGAGCUAGUGCGAGAGCCCGGCUGCGGCUGCUGUCCAGUUUGUGCCCGCUUCGAAGGGGAGCCCUGCGGGGUGUACACGCCACGUUGCGUCUCCGGGUUCCGCUGCUACCCGAGUCCCGGCGCUGAGUUGCCCCUUCAGGCGCUGGUGCAGGGACAGGGCACCUGCGCCCGGUGGAGCGACGCCGCUGAGUAUGGCGCCGCCACCGUCGAGCACCCUGGGGCGGAUAACGAAGAACAUCCUGAAGGAUCUGUUGUGGAAAACUUUGUAGAUGGUGCCUCUACUGUGGUGAUUGGAAGGCCUGCUAUUAGAAAGGAAAUAGCCAUACUUCGUGAGAAAACGAAUGAGCAGCAAAAGCUGAUGAACAAGAAUAAAAUGGUUGAGAUACGUCUACAACCUCCUAGGACACCCUGUCAACAGGAAUUGGAUCAGGUUUUGGAACGUAUAUCAACCAUGCGCCUGCCAGAUGAACGUGGUCCAUUAGAGCAUCUUUAUUCCCUGAACAUCCCAAAUUGUGAUAAGCAAGGCCUUUACAAUCUCAAACAGUGCAAAAUGUCAGUGAAUGGCCAGCGAGGAGAAUGUUGGUGUGUUAAUCCCAACACUGGGAAAACCAUCCUGGGAUCUCCUACCAUUCGUGGAGAUCCUGAAUGCCAUCUCUUCUACACUGACGAUGAGCAGGAAGACAAGGGAACACCAGCCUUUCAAGUGCAAUAGAUGGACACAUUCCUACUCUCUGUUUUAUGGCUUGGCCUAUUCUCAGUGCUGGAUUUUACAUGGGUUUUAAUGCAUCUUGAUUUUUUCCUUCGUGUUGAUGUUCCAGCAAAUCCCCAGGGAUUUUUGG